AUGGCCACGUUUGUCUGCAGGGUUCAAUUUUUAGAUGACACCGAUCCAUUCAACAGCACAAAUUUCCCGGAGCCGACGAGGCCACCGCUGUACACUUUUAGGGAGGAUAUCCCCCUUAUCAAUCAGCUAGCAGGCGUCCACCGGCUCCUCAGAGCUCCGCACAAGCUUGACGACUGCGCGUUGCAGCUGUCCCACAAUGGCACCUAUCUGGAUCUGGAGUCCUCUCUGGCUGAGCAGAGGGAUGAGCUGGAGGGCUUUCAGCAGGACGACACGGGGGCUCGAGGGAAAAAGCAUAGUGUUGUUUUACGGACCCAGCUGACUGUUCGCGUACACGCCUGCAUCGAAAAACUGUAUAACUCCAAUGGACGAGACUUAAGAAGAGCACUGUUCUCACUAAAACAGAUAUUUCAGGAUGACAAGGACCUCGUCCAUGAGUUUGUGAUGGCUGAAGGUCUGACCUGCCUCAUCAAGGUGGGAGCUGACGCCGACCAGAACUAUCAGAACUACAUACUAAGAGCUCUGGGGCAGAUCAUGCUGUAUGUGGAUGGGAUGAACGGGGUGAUCAACCAUGAUGAGACGAUACAGUGGCUCUACACUCUGAUCGGCUCAAAGUUUCGUCUUGUGGUAAAGACCGCUCUAAAGCUGCUGCUGGUGUUUGUGGAGUACUCCGAGUCCAAUGCCCCGCUCCUCAUCGAAGCUAUCACCACUGUCGACACGAAGAGAGGGGUGAAGCCAUGGUCCAACACCAUGGAGAUCUUGGAUGAGAAGGACGGAGUAGAUACAGAGCUGCUGGUCUAUGCCAUGACCCUCAUCAACAAGACGCUGGCAGCUUUGCCUGACCAGGAUUCGUUCUACGACAUGGUGGACGCCUUGGAGGAGCAGGGCAUAGAGACGGUGGCCCAGAGACACCUGGGUAGGAGGGGCACUGACCUCGACCUGGUGGAGCAGCUCAACAUCUAUGAGAUGACGCUGCGUCACGAGGACGGCGAUGAUGACAGCCAGCCCCCGCCCAUGGGACGCAGGGACCGGCGACGAGCCAGCCUCGGGGGCGGAGAUAAAAAGCGGGGCCUGGAGAGGAGGCGGAGCCGCAGGGCCUCGCUCAGCCGGUCCGGCCACGCCUCCCCCUGCAGCCCCGCCUCCCCACAGAGAGCUGGCUUCCAUCCCUUGAACGCACAGCGAGCUGAGGACGUCAGUGAAAGAGCACUGUCGGGUCAUCUCCCAUCCAUAGAGGAGGAAUGUGAGGAAGAGGAAGAGGAGGCUCCAGUGACGGAGUCUGACUCUGAUGAGCAGGAGGGGGCUGACAGCCUGUCUAGUCAGACCACCCCCAGAAACUGUACAGCCGCCUCUCACAGAACAACCCUCCAAUCCAUCACAAUCACUACCAGAAAAGAGGAGAAGCCCAAAGAGGAGGAGAAGAGGAAUAGUACUGAGCCAUCCACCGGCUCCCCAUCACCAACUGCAGCCCAGUGUCCCCCCACCCCCUUCUCCCCUCUUGUCUCCUCCCCCCUCACCCCACCAGCCCAGCCCUCCCUUCUGGCCUCCCUGUUGGCCAGGAAGAAGUCCACUGUGACUGUCCCCGCCACCAAGGAGGUCAACCUCCCGCCGCGGGGCGCCUCACGUCCCUCCCCCGACCGGCUUCCCUACCUCCCCCACUCUCCCUUCCACCUUUUCUCAUAUGACCUGGACGAGGAGCCUUCACCGCCGCCUCCAGCUAAAUCCAGGGAAGAGACCCCCAAGACGACACCGCCCAGGAAUGGAGGGCCCAAAUCCUACUCAGCCCUCGGCAGUCCUGCUACUCCCACUAACUCCAGGCCUGCUCUGGGAGGUCUGCUGUCUUCCUCCUAUAGGCAACACCAGGAGUCCCUGGCAGCUGAGCGAGAGCGCCGCCGUGUGGAACGAGAGGAGAGGCUGCAGAGAAUCGAGAGAGAGGAGAGGAAUAAGCAUAGCCGUGACUAUGUGGACAAAAUGGAAGAGGCCAGGCUCGCACGGGAGGAGAGGUAUAAGAACGUGGAACGCUUAGCGGCCGAGGAGUACGAGAGGGAGCGCGUCCGUACGUCCAGGACUCGCCCCGACCUCAGCUUGACCUUUGAGCCGUCAGAGGCCUGGCCCUCGUCGUCGCGCAGCAGCACCCCGUCCUCCUUCGCCUCCCAAGAGGAAGUAGAUGCCGACCUCGAAGCGGAGACCCCGGUCAACCCCUACACACCCUCCGAGACUGGAGAGGCCGAUGACUCCGGCGCUAGCGUAGAGACAGAGGAGAAAGAGACAGAGGCAGCAGCUGAGGAAGAAGAAGAAGAAGCAGAAAAAGAGGAACAAGUAAAAGAGGUGGAAGGAGAGGAAGAAGCAGUCCCGGAGGAGGAAAAGGCAGAAGAAAAGGAGGAAGAGGGGGAGAAGAAGAGGGGGGGAGAGGCUGAGGAAGACAGCAGGAUCCUGAGCGACAAGGAACGGCAGAAUGAGGAAGUGAAUGAGAAAGAUAACUGCUCUGCCUCCAGCAUCUCCUCCGCCAGCAGCACUCUGGAACGGGAGGAGAGGGGCGGCAGUGAGAAUAAUGGCUUUAAAGAGGCAGAGGUGAGCGAGCAGUGCAGCAAACUCCUCAACAGCAAGCUCUUCAUGCUGGACAUGCUGUACUCCCAGAACAAGAAGCCCAGCAAUGAGGAGGAGGAGGAGGAGGAGGAGGGGGAGAAGGAGAAGGAGAAAGAGAAAGGCGAUGGGGAGGACGGGGAGGUCAGCCAGGAGGUUGACAGCGAGUCAGACGACAGACAGACGAACAACAUCAGGGCAGACAAAUCAGAGCACCGUGGGAAUGUCCGCGUGUUCGCCGAGCGGUUCGGCGAAUUGGUUAAGGACCUCGGCUCUCCCCACCCUCACCUGGACACCCCUCUCAAUGAGCCCGCCGCAGUAGAGAAACCGCCGCCUCCUCCGCCCAAGAAGGAGUCAGACACCAUCUGGGACCAGCUCCUGGCCAGUCCUCGAGAGCUGCGCAUUGGGGAUAUAAACUUCACCGACCUGACGGAUGAGGACGACAAGGACAUUCUGGAUGCUGGACUGAUGGGCGGGUGUGGCGAGCUCCCGCCCCCUCCUCCCCCGCUUCCCUGCAUCCCCCAUCUUCCCCCUCCCCCGCCCAUGCUGGGCAGCUGCCCACCUCCCCCACCCAUGCUGGGGAUGAUGAGGCCCCCACCUCCCCCCUCAUUUAGCUCGCCGGCUCUGGCGCCCCCGCCCCUGGAAGCGCCGCUCUUUAACAAGAAGAAGAAGACCAUAAGGCUGUUCUGGAGUGAGGUGCGCCCCUCAGAGUGGCAGUACCAGGACUAUCGGCAUGGUGGAGACUCUCUCUGGUCCAAACUGGAGACUGUGAAGUUGGACACAGCCAAACUGGAACACCUAUUUGAGACCAAGUCAAAGGAGAUGCCUGUCACCAAGAAAACAGCGGCGGAUGGUAAGCGUCAAGAGAUCAUUGUCUUGGACUCCAAGAGGAGUAAUGCCAUCAACAUUGGUCUGACGGUCCUGCCUCCUCCUCGCACCAUCAAAACAGCCAUCCUGAACUUCGACGAGUAUGCGCUCAAUAAGGAGGGCAUAGAGAAAAUCCUGACAAUGAUCCCCACGGAGGAGGAGAAGCAGAAGAUCCAGGAGGCCCAGCUGGCGAACCCCGACGUCCCCCUGGGCUCAGCAGAACAGUUCCUCCUCACGUUGUCCUCCAUCAGCGAGCUGUCUGCCAGACUCCAGCUCUGGGCCUUCAAGAUGGACUACGAGGCCACGGAAAAGGAAGUGGCAGAGCCAUUGCAGGAUCUGAAGGAGGGGAUGGAACAGCUGGAGAAGAACAAGACGCUACGCUACAUCCUCUCCACGCUGCUCUCUAUCGGAAACUUUCUCAAUGGAACAAACGCCAAGGGGUUUGAGCUGACUUACCUGGAGAAGGUUCCAGAAGUGAAGGACACAGUCCAUAAACAGUCUCUGCUACAUCACGCUUGUUCCAUAGUGGUGGAGAACUUCCCUCAGAGCACCGACCUCUACUCUGAGAUUGGAGCCAUCACACGAUCAGCCAAGGUGGAUUUUGACCAGUUGCACGAGAACUUGACUCAGAUGGAGCGGCGCUGCAAAGCCUCCUGGGACCACCUGAAGAUGAUUGCCAAGCAUGAAAUGAAGGCCCAGCUGAAGCAAAAAAUGUCCGACUUCCUCAAAGACUGUGCCGAGAGGAUCAUUAUCCUCAAGAUUGUCCACCGCAGGAUUAUGAAUAGGUUCCAUGCUUUCCUGCUGUUCCUUGGACAUCCAGCCUACAGUGUGAGAGAGAUCAGCGUCCACAGGUUCGGUAAGAUCCUCAGUGAGUUUGCCCUGGAGUAUCGGACCACCCGGGACCGCGUGUUACAACAGAAACAGAAACGCGCCGACCACCGCGAGCGCAACAAGACCCGCGGCAAGCUGAUUGUGGAUGUCAACACCCCUUCUGAUGAUGAAGAGGAGAGUGAGGGUGGCCGAUAUGGGUCAAGCAGCAGCACCAGCGCCCCUACUGGCAGCCAGGGGAGCGAGCGGCCUCAGGGUCUGGGCCAUGCAGAGGAUGCUGCCGAGCAUGAAAACAUGAAGGCAAUGCUGAAGACAAGCCUCAACGGUAGCGACAGGGAGACCACAGGAGUACCGGGGCUACGUACACGGACCAGAUCACGCCCUGGCCGGGGAGGUCGCAGCAUGCAGGCGUGGACACCACCCGUGGAGGACUCUCAGAUCUGUGGAGACGAUGCCGCAGAUGAGAUCAUGGAGCGUAUAGUGAGGUCCGCCACGCAGGGCCCGGGCACCAGGACACAACCACGGGAGAGGAGGAGGUCACGAGCCAACCGCAAAUCACUGAGGCGGACUCUGAAAAGUGGUCUGACCCCAGAGGAGGCUCUUGCUUUAGGGCUGUCUGACUCUCCGGACAUGCAGCUGUGA